AAAACAUGUAUUUCUUAUUGAUUGGGUGGGAUGUUCUGUGGGAGUCUCUUAGGCCUGUUUGAUAUGAUAUCAUUGAACUCUAGAGUCUCUCUAACUUUUUUCCAAAUGGCCUGUAUAUUGAUGAGAGUGGCUUAUUGAAAUCACCCACCAUCACUGCGUUGUGGUAGGUCAGUCUUCAGUUCUAAGUCUAAUAGUGUUUCGUUUAUAAAACUGGGUGCUCCUAUGUUUGGUGCAUAUGUGUUUAAGAUUGCAAUAUCCUGUUGGAUUUUUCCUUUAAUGAGUAUUCAACGUCCCUCCUUAUCUCAUCGGACUAGUUUUGGUUUGAAUUCUAUUUUGUCAGAUGUUAGAGUGGCUAAGCCUAUUUGCUUCUCGGUUUCAUUUGCUUGGAAUACCCUUUCCCACCCUUGUUAUUCUCAGGUCGUGUCUAGUGUGGAUCAUGAGGUGUGUUUCUUAGAGGCAACGAAAAGAUGGAUACAGUUUUCUGACCCAUUCUGUUAGCUUGUGUCCCUUUUUUGGGUAGUUGAAGCCAUUAAUAUUUAGUUACUUUUAAACAAUGUUCAUUAAUUCUCAAUUAACUGACAUGAGAAACAUAUACACACAAAUAAAUGAAAUUUUAAAAUUCAAACCCUUUAUGGCAAAUGAUUAGUGAACGCUAGUUUAAUACCAAGGCGAACCAUGGCACAUGUCCUCCCUCUGUCUCUCCCUCUCUUCUUCCUUGACCCCUCAGUCACAGAGAAGAGUCAGAUCUGUACACAGAAGCAUCAGAGUCAGACAUAAUGGUGCUCUGGCUUCUACCACCCCAAUGACCAUCAGGGUUGAUUCAGCUGACUUGGCUAGCUAGACAGUUGUCCCCUUUUCUGCUCACUGGUCCACAAGUAUCCCUCCAAAGCUACAUUCUCAUUCUAAGAGGACUAUCUUACCUGAUAGAGGACCAUUCUUCAGUCAAGGGUUUAUGAGUAGCUAGCUGCACUCCCCUGCUAGACUCUCCAAAGUAGCUCCAAGGACUUGACUGUCUUCAUGCUAUGUCAGGCAUCGAUUGAUUUGUGCUUUUUUCCUAGUGGAUUAACUGGCUUGUAGUACAAAGGUCCAGUGUAUAACUGGAUCUCUUAACACCUUUAGAUGCUAUUGCCAAUUGGAAAACAUUGAGGAUUAGAAGACGAAACUUAACACCAUGAAAAUGCAACAGGACAAAUCUAGAGGCAUUCUACAAAACAAACAGCCAGAUUUUCCCCCAAGGAAUAGGUCUGGACAGUAGUGUGUAAGGGCCUCAGACACUAGAAGCAGUAACUCGUGCUGUGGUGAUGGCUGGGUUGGGCAACACAGUGAUAAAAGACAUUGCGGGAGAACUGGAAAAACUCAAUUAUGAUCUGCAUAUUCGAUGAGAGGUGAUGAAGAGGCAGAUUCAUUGAGGAGCAAUUACAUGUUCAGUAUGAGCUCAGUCUGAUUAGGAACUACGGAUCUGAGUGUGUGCGCGAGUACACAAGGGGGGACCCAGAAGGGCAUGCUGAAGUGUGAAGUGCUAUGGUGGUGAAAUGCUGAACGGUCACGGCCAGGGGCUUUGGGCCACUGCUACAGUUUGCCUACACUGCCAAGCUGUUACUCAGCAGAGAGAACAUCCGUGAGGUCAUCCGCUGUGCCGAGUUCCUGCGCAUGCACAAUCUGGAGGACUCCUGCUUCAGCUUCCUGCAGACCCAGCUCCUGAACAGGGAGGAUGGCCUGUUUGUGUGCCGAAAGGACAGUGCGUGCCAGCGCCCCCAAGAGGACCAUGGGAACUCUGCAGGAGAGGAGGAGGAAGAAGAAGAGACAAUGGACUCAGAGACAGCUAGGAUGGCUUGCGCCACAGACCAGAUGCUCCCAGACCCCAUCAGCUUUGAGGCCACUGCCAUCCCAGUAGCAGAGAAAGAAGAAGCCUUGCUCCCUGAGUCUGAGGUACCCACAGACACCAAGGAAAACUCAGAGAAGGGUGCCUUGACCCAGUACCCUAGAUAUAAGAAGUACCAGCUUGCAUGUACCAAGAAUGUCUACAGUGCACCCUCCCACGGUACCUCAGGGUUUGCAAGCACAUUCAGUGAAGACAGCCCUGGCAAUAGCCUCAAGCCGGGGCUCUCCAUGGGACAGAUUAAAAGUGAGCCACCCAGUGAGGAGACUGAGGAGGAGAGCAUCACACUCUGCCUGUCAGGAGAUGAAACUGACAUCAAAGACAGACCAGGAGAUAUUGAGAUGGACCGAAAACAGCCCAGCCCUGCCCCUGCCCCCAGUACCCCUGCUGGAGCCACCUGCCUGGACAGAUCCAGGAGUGUGUCCUCCCCUUCCUGUCUGCGGUCUCUGUUCGGUAUAACAAAAGGUGUGGAGUCGACUGGCCUGCCCAGUACAUCUCAGCAACCCUUUGUCAGGAGUUCAGCAUGCCCUUUUAACAAGGGGAUCUCUCAGGGUGACCUUAAAACUGAUUACACCCCGUUGGCAGGGAAUUAUGGACAGCCCCACACGGGCCAGAAGGAUGUGUCCAACUUCGCAAUGGGGUCGCCGCUCAGGGGGCCUGGGCCGGAGACUCUCUGUAAACAGGAGGGAGAGCUGGACCGCAGGAGCGUCAUCUUCUCCGCAAGCACGUGUGACCAACCCAACACUCCAGUGCAUUCAUAUUCCGCGGUGAGCAAUUUGGACAAAGACCUUUCGGAGCCGGUGCCAAAAAGUCUAUGGGUGGGAGCUGGCCAGUCCCUCCCCAGUUCCCAGGCCUACUCCCACAGCGGAAUGAUGGCUGACCACUUGCCAGGAAGGAUACGGCCCAACACCAGCUGCCCGGUGCCAAUCAAAGUCUGUCCUCGCUCACCUCCACUCGAGACCAGAACCAGGACCUCCAGCUCCUGCUCCUCCUAUUCCUAUGCAGAGGACGGGAGCGGGGGCUCCCCCUGCAGCCUCCCACUCUGUGAGUUCUCCUCUUCACCCUGUUCCCAGGGAGCCAGAUUCCUUGCCACGGAACAUCAGGAACCAGGCCUGAUGGGAGAUGGAAUGUACAACCAAGUCCGACCCCAAAUUAAAUGUGAGCAGUCUUACGGAACCAAUUCCAGCGACGAAUCUGGAUCAUUCUCGGAAGCUGACAGUGAGUCGUGUCCUGUGCAGGACAGGGGCCAGGAGGUUAAACUUCCGUUUCCUGUCGAUCAGAUCACAGACCUUCCCAGGAACGACUUCCAGAUGAUGAUUAAAAUGCACAAGCUAACCUCAGAACAGUUGGAGUUCAUCCACGACAUCCGGAGGCGUAGUAAGAACCGCAUUGCAGCCCAGCGCUGUCGAAAGAGGAAACUGGACUGUAUUCAGAAUUUGGAAUGUGAAAUACGGAAGCUGGUGUGCGAGAAAGAAAAACUGUUGUCCGAGAGGAAUCAACUGAAAGCGUGCAUGGGGGAGCUACUGGACAACUUCUCCUGCCUCUCACAAGAGGUGUGUCGAGACAUCCAGAGUCCAGAGCAGAUCCAGGCCCUGCACCGGUACUGCCCUGUCCUCAUACCCAUGGAUCUUCCUGGAGCCAGUGUUAACCCUCCUCCUUUGGGGGUUGAGCAGAGCCUUGCACCCUCCCCGUGUGCAGUAGGAGGAAGUGUACCCUGCUGCCUGGAGCCAGGGGCAGCUCCCGCUGGACUCCCCUGGGUGCCCAGCAACACCUCUGAGAAUUGUACCUCUGGAAGGAGGUUGGAAGGCAAUGACCCCGGAACCUUCUCAGAACGAGGACCUCCUCUAGAAGCCAGGAGCCAGUCAGUGACGGUGGACUUCUGCCAAGAAAUGACUGAGAAGUGUACAACGGACGAACAGCCCAGGAAAGAUUAUGCCUAGCCGGCACGGUCCCCUCCGCCCACUCCGGGUCUUCACACCUCUCUCAUCUGGGUGUUCUUCUGCCAGCCAGUGGCGCUGUUCCUCUGUGUCUUGAAGAACCAAGAACGAAUCUGGUGCACACUACAGCAGUCUUAGCAGCAAUACUGUUCCGAAGUAUUCCCUCCUCUCUCUAAGCAGGAGUGCUAGUUACCUUCAUAAUGGUGCUACCCCUUGCCCUGGCAAGGAAGACAACAGUGUCAACACUGUCUGUCUGUGGGUUAAUUGCAAACUUCACAGGGAUAGACUACACCUCUAGGACCCAACCACGGAUUUUUUUUCUCAGUGGCCCAUGUCACAAACCCUAUCUCAGGAAUUUCUUCUGAAUGUUCAAUUUUUUUCAUUGAAGACAGCUUCUAUACACAUCAAAGUUUUAUAGCUAUACUGUGUACAUAGUAUAUAUAAUAUAUAUGAAAUAUAUAUCCAUAUGCAAAAAGUCCUGCAUGCCUCAAUUUUUCUCAUCCCUAAAACUGGAAACUUCAUUUAUCACUUACAAACAGGUUCCAACAUUCCUCUUUUUGUGUCCGAUGCCAGAACUGGUUUUGUAGCUGAUAACAUGGUUGUUUCUCUUACUGCACAAUUCGGUUUCGAUCUGUACUUAUUUGCAGACAGAACUCAAUGUUAGAAGUUGCUUCUCAAGGUUCAAUCUCAGACCUUUUACUUUUGUUGGUUUGGUUUCGGUGCCGCCAGUUGGUGUCACGUGAGCAUCGUAGGUCUGUUCUUCUCCCCUCGUGUUUUCCCCUUGUCUCUGCGGAUACUGUAUAGGAAUGGUCAACUUUGCCACUUGCACUGAGUUUUGAGUCAAACCUAUUUUCUUAAAUGAAGUUGUAACUUCAGUAUAACUCAAGUAUAUUGUAUAUUCUUUGCUUUUAGUUAAAAAGUAAAACAUUUUAGCUAAUUAAAAAGCACUCAGGUGAUAAUUAUGUAGGAAAAAAAAAACAAUCUUGCCAAAUAAUGAACCCAUCCUAGGAUGUGUAGACAAUAAUCUGCUUGAAUAUUUUUGUAGCUCACUUCCUCCCCACCUUUCCCCCAAGUAAAGCUGAAGUGCAGAUAAUUCAGAGCUGACACUGGAUGUUCAAUUCCUACUCGGGGAAAGAGUUUGGAUGGCUCGAAGGACUGCAUAUCAAAAGAACGGGAGCCUGUGGUGGUGUGUUAGAACUCCACAGGCACUGGUGAAGAGAAAGCAAAGGGGGAAUCCCCAUCAUUUCAGCAUUUCUUUCUGGCCUCUACUUAUUCUUGUGCUCAGAAAUGUCAUGUGAUAGGACCUGCUUCUUUGAAGGGCGCAGCUAACCACCCAGCUUUCCUGCCCAGGCCUGGCCUCCAAGCACAUCUUAAGACCUGAGGGGAUUUGAAUGACAGCCUCAGCUUUAAGUGGCAGCCCCCUGGAUUAAUUGAGCUCACCGAGAGUAGGAAAGAACAUGGCAGAAUGGAGCCUAGGAUCCACAAGGACAUAGGCUAAUGCAUUCUUUCUUCCUUUCAUUCUUCAAAUGUCCUCUGUACUCUGAGGUUUUGUUCUGCACCCCCCCCCCCCCCCCCCCCGCGCAAGUCUCUUGUCUGAAAGCUGCUUCAUUCAAGGCAUCGGACAGAUACCCUAGGAGCUCUCUGCCCUCUUCCCAAGCCCUCCGCUCCUCACCCCCCACCUUUCCCCCUCCCCAGGUAAUAAUCUGCUUCCCGUGCUAAAAACUAGUUGAAUCCGGAGAGCAGGUUCCUUGGCCCUAGGGUAUCCUGGUGCAAGCCAUGUUUACAGGAAGGCAUGCCCAGAGGAGUCAGCUCCCUCCUCCCAAGUAGUCUCUAUCUCCUUUUGUUCAGCCGCCUGGAGACCACUCCAGCUGUGCAAGGUUGUCCAGAAAAGUCUGAUGUUGGGAUAGGGUAGAGGGUAAAGGGGACUAGAUGGAUGGUUGACUUGGUUUCUUCAUCUGUGCCAUUGUUUUGGACAAUAUUAAAGCUGCAUGUAAAAGGGGAAAGUAAUGUAUGACUAGUAGGCAAAAGUGAAACCUUAGUAACAUGUGUUCUAGUAGUACUAACUUCUUUCUGUACCUGUAGUAGUGCUAAAUGUUUUAGUAUGUACGAAUGCCAGAAGUUGUUGAUUCAUGCAGUAAAAUUUAAAGGGGAAAUUUACUUCUUUUAAAAUAGGUCCAUUUUAAAAACCUGCCUCUGGGUUUUGAGUGUGUGUGUGUGUGUGUGUGUGUGUGUGUGUGUACAGAUUUUGAUACAGCCAUGUUGGAGCUGCCAUCUUUGUCACACCGUUGGUAUUUCCUGAUCUAGUCUAACAGUUCCCUUCCCCAGCAGAUGAAAAGCUGGUAGAGCUGGCAUUUAGCUCCGUGUGAAUCAUGUGAUGCUCACAGCUGCCUGUGUUGGUGCAGGGGACAGCAGACAGUAUUUUUUUUUUUAACUCUCUUACUGCCUUUUUAAGUGACCUCUCCUAAAGAAACAGAAAGGCUUGUGUUCUGUUCAGGCCAUCACCAGGGCGGAGAAGCCUCUCUGCUUGUUUUAUGUUGUCCCAGCUCAUGUGCAGCUGGAAGUCUUGCCACAUUCCACAGUUUACCCCCUAAGUUUCUGUUGCCAGUAGCUCAGACCCGGGGCAGCCAUUUCCAGGGUGCAGGUCAGAGGGUCGGGUCUCCUCGUUUCUCUCUGCCCUAACUCAGCCCUCAUCUUCCUCGUUUUCUUUUCCUCUUCUUCUACCCCCAUCUAUGCCAUGGGAACUAGCAUUUUCAAAUGACUCUAAGAACUCCUAUUUCUUUGGUAUUUUUAACAAGUAAUUUCAUUCAGUAACCACCAGGAACAGCAACUGGCUUUGUGUAAUUAAUCAUGGGACAUGUUCAUGUCUUUUAGUGUUCCAAACCAUUGCUUAUCAAAAUUGUUUCUGAGUGGAUUCAAAAGGAGGGCUCACUGGGGACCAGAAUCUAAAUUCUUCAAGUGGAAUUCAGACAUCCCCAGUCUGUCCUUCCCUGGGAUCCCUCAGUCAACCUCAUUCCCUCUAUAGAAAAGAGAAGGGAAGAGAAGAGAGGAGAGUGUUUGCAUUUUAAGAGGAGAUUUAGUUGUGUGUUUGAAGGUCUCUUCUGUCAAAGAUACAGGACACUCCCAUCAUAGGACCGCUGUGACAGCUUGGUUGGGUCUCCCAGGGGCUGGGGUGUGAAUAGGUAAUGGUCCAGGGCUGACAUAGGUGACUCUCAGACUCAUAACAUCCUAUCCAAACCCAGGCCUCCCCCUGGAGCAGCCUCUGUCCUCCUGUGUCUCUGAAUAGCCUCCUAAAGGUUGCCCAGGCUGUAGGUAGGUGUGUGCUUUGCCGAGUGUGUUUGUGUCUCUGCGUUAUCUGAGGGGUGCCUUGAAUAAAGCUGAAGUUCAUGACUUCCUGAUUCUGGAACAAAGCAGUUUCAAAAAGCUUUUUUCUAAAGUUGGCAAAGUUACUAGGCCAUCCUGCUACUUCUCUUCCAGGUUCCCUAGCAGUGACUCAGGCAUCAGGGCUGAUGCUGCAGUAGAAAACAUUAUUUUUAUGUCCUAUGAGUAAUUUAUUUACUGUCUUUCUCGGGGUAUGCUGCUUUUCAACAUGCACUAUAAUUUUGGAUGUAAUCCUUCCAUUGCUUUUCCAAGGAAGUUUAAAUAUGGCAAGUAACUAGUGUGAUAACUGCCUCUUCUCCUUAUGGGGCUCCAGAGCAGCUCCAGAGCAGCCCCAGGACCUGUGGAGGACUGGCUCGAGCCUACACUUUCUCUUCUUUUAAUACUUUCUGAUUGCCACUGAAGAAGAAAAAGGCAAAGCAGACAAUGGUCUGGAAGUAUAAACCUUUUCAGAAAUUGCCCAGUCUUGCCCUGGGAGGCUACUCUGCAUCCCAUGGAACAAACAGUCCUCCAAAAUGAGUCGGUCUGUAAAGCUCCUUAGAGUUUUACUGGAUUGCAUUUUCCUACACACCGCAGCCCUGUUUAAACUAGGAGCUAUCAUCGAUGACUUCAAACUGCUCCUCUAGUGCUUACAGUGUAGGGGGAAUCUCAGAUCUAGAAGAGAGCAAGAAUCAAGGUUUAUCCUCAGAUAUCUCUCUCUCUCCCUCUCUCUCUCCUCCUUCUCCCACCCUCACUCCCACUCCUUCUCCUCUCCCUCUCCCUCUCCCUCCAUUCUCCCCACUCCCCACCUCCCUCCCUUCUCCCCCUCAUCUCUCUCUUCUCUCUCUGUCUCACACACACCAGACUAAAGAAAAGGAUUAUUUUAAAAGAAUAAAGCUCUUAAUUGUAUCAUUCGUAUUUACUUGAGGAUUUUGUUGCAGAUUCCAUUUCUGGCAAGUCAGCCCACAAUGCCUGGUGGGGUUGGUAUUCAUAAAGGAAGUCUGUGCAUGGAGAUAUUUUGUGUUCAAAAUGUAUUAUAAUACUGCCCGAGCCAUCUCACGACCCAAGUGUCAAAGACUGAUGCUGUAGCAUAGGAUAUAUUUGUGCAUAAAUAGUGUGUGCAAAUAGUACUUGUACAUUGAAGAGACUCGUCGUAGCAGAUCAAAGGUAAAUUAUUCAAAUGAUGGUGCAAAAACAUUACUUGCAAAAUAAUUGUAUAGUAUUUUCCUACACUCCACCCUGGGAGAUCAUAUUUAUAACAAGUGAAUUAUUCGUGCAUUUUAAUUGUAAUAGAAAAUGAUGCUGCCAUUUUGUGGAGAAUAUCCCAGUUGGUCGCAGAGGCCCAACUUUUAUAGCUUUGGUUUAAUGUUGUGGCAUGGUGUAUGUGUUUCUCUCUCAAGCAAUGGAUAAACUCUUGGCUGUCAUUUUCAUUCCAGUUUAUUGACCUCAGAUAGAACAAUGGCUAUUCAUGGAAGUGUAUUCAAGACCACUCAUUUCAGGUAGACUCACGCUCAGUGCCAAGCGCUCCCAUGGGAAUGACCAGACACCUGGAGCAGGAAGAGGGAAGGGACUUGGACAAAAAAAUAAAAAAAUAAAAAAUAAAAAAAUAAAAAAAAAUGGGUUUUCCUAAAGAUGGGUGCUAAACUUCUACCAAACAUGUCUCUGGGGACAAAGAGUUGGCCUCCACUUGGGUCCUAACAAUGUGUUUUGGCUGUGGCAACGCUGGGAUGCCCAUUCACACUCUGACACAAGAGCCUGGCACUUGUAACGAAUUAUCAGGAAGAUUGCAGAUGCGUUUGGGAGCUUCGGGUACUCAUUAGACAUGGUGAGCCAUUCAAGGCAAGAGGGCCUGUGAGAAUUUGUUCCAGAACCAGUCUGAUGCAAGUGCACCUCUAAUAAAUGCCUUACAAACUCCAGAGGCCAUAUGCAAAACAGGGUCUUCUCAGUGUAUGCAAGGGGCUGCGGCCCCUCUUCUCCUCCUCCCCAGCUCGAACAAUACGGACAGUUUUCACACAUAUCUACCUGUAUAACCCUCCGUACCUCUCAUAACUGGUCAACGACUGUAACAGGUUACAUCAGGUGUUUUUCUACAUACUUUUUACACAGAUUCUAUGCGAUUAAUGUAACUUAAUUCAGCGCAUCAUUUUAUUGUACAAGUUCUUACGCUUGGCCUUAUUUUUUCCUAAGUGAUUGUGGUUUUUCUUGUGGUUUUUUCUUGUGGUUUUUCUUGUAAAGAUAUUGAGAUGGCUGUUGAUGCUUAUUCUCUGUAACUAAGAAUUUUUACCUUUUUGGGAAAAAGCAUUGCUCUGGAUUAAUGAAUUGAGACUUCAUUUACUCGUUGUAAAUACACUAUUGUGCAAAAAAAAAAAAUCACUCAAUUGAAUUGCUAGUGUUAACUGAAUUUUGUCUAGACGCCAUUUCUGUUAAUGAAAUAAAGACAUAUCAUUCUACACUG